AACCCUUGGGCUUGGAAGCCCAGUAUUGGUGAUAAGACAGAGGUAGUUCCUAACGCAGACUGUAUCAAGAAGAAUGAGGGGAUAAAGAAGAGCAGAAUACCUCGAAGGUGUUCAGCAGAAAAAAACAAAGUGAAAACUAAAAGCCAGAUGAUGAAAAAUAAUGAUGAUGAUGAGACACAGUCUAAUACUACUGCCAAAGUGGAGAAGGUUGAAAGCCCACAAGCUACGAAUGUACAAUGCGUAGAACAACAAACACCUUAUAAGUCACCUGUUGCUUCUAGAACAAGAUCUUUUAGUGCAUUGAGAAGAAGCUAUAUGAGAAAGAAACAAAAUAAAGAAGCUGACAAGUCAAAUGAUAUGGAUAUGUCUUCAACUUCCACCUCAACAGAGAGCAACGUAGUUGAAAAUGCUGGGGAAAAUUUUUUGCAGGAGAGAGAGAAGGAAGUUGAAAUACCAUAUCAAGUAAAAGAGAUUGAUUCUUCUACAUGUAAUGAAGGAAAUAGUAUGAAAGAAGGACCUGAUGAUCAUCAUGUGAACUCCAAUAAUGAGGACAAGAAUGACCAGUAUUACAAGAAUAAGUUCCAUGAAAUGGUUCAAAACCUAAAACAAAUGCAAGAACAGUUCAGUCAAGCUCAUCAGAACACACAUAAAAACAUAACAGCCUAUGAUGCCUUCAUAAAGGAGCUGAGAACUAGCCUUGAGCAGGAGAAAAGAAAAAAUGCCACCAUUGAAGAAGAACUCAGAGAAAUCAAAGAACGACUUCUAAUGACUUCUAAUGAAAUUGAGUUGGCAAAAACAAAUGAACAACAACACAACAACAGAAGUAUUAGUACCGCAUGUAUACCACAAGAACCUUCGCAAAGCGAAGAAAGCAGUCAACUAAGUGAAGUAGAGGAUUUGGAAAAGACUGAAACUUCCACUCUUCUUGCAAUGAUAAAGUUCUACGCAGGACUAACUGGUAUAACUCUAUCUGCCGAUAUACCACCUUCAAAUUCAGAGCUAAUUGAGAGCUUUUGCUGUGCAUAUCGGCCAAAGGGACCAACUGGUCACGUUAUGGCAUUCCGUCUAACCCAUGACAAAGAAUUUCAAGAAUAUGAAUACAGUCCUAGCUUCCAGACUCCAAAGAGAGGAGAGUUUCUUCAUAAGAUACCUGGACACCUUAAAGAGACCAUGUACUUCAACAGUGACCAAGCACAGUCCUUUCUUUCUUCACUAAUCAAAGCUUGUACAGAAAGUGGAUCCCAGAAAGUGUAGUCUAAAGUGACUUAAAAAAGUAAGAAUUUUAGCACAAUCCAUUUGUAGUUCUUAAUAUAGUAUAAUCCAGUUAGCUCAAACCCUUAGAUCUCUUAAACUUCUCGUUAUAUAAGGCCACGUCCAGUGGAUAUUUUUUGCAGUUUCAUGUGACUAUGAUAUUUCAUUUAUCCUGGAAAUAUUAAACCUAGCUUCAUUAUUUCAUACCUCUUUCCUUUGGUCCUCAUGGCCAGGAGAUUAGAGAUAAUGGAACUACACUGGCAUGUACAGUUCUGAAAACACUGUUAAUCCACAUACAUGUAGCAGAUGUCAUUUACAAAAGGAAAUAUUGAAACUUGUAAAACAAUCUGGUAAUAGGGAUUAUUAAAUGUGGUUAAAUUUAAGCAAAGUUAACUGGGAGUGGAGUGCUGGCCAGCGGUGUGAGACUUGCGCAUGCGCAGUUGCUGCAUAAGGCCUCGUGGUUGCUGUAGCUGAGUUGCUGUUAGCCAUUGCCUUCAUAUCGCGGUUUUGCCCCGCCCACCCUCCUCUGGUUGGACAAGGUAAGUAGUUUACUUCCACUGUGUAAGCAGUGUGACAGGUGCCGAGGUUGACCCGUGGCUUGGUUGCCAUGGUUACCUCUUGCCAGCUAGUUGCCAUCGCCUACCGCUUUGCCAGGCACCUACUCUCCAUCGUAACGACAAGUUAACAGUGUAUAAUGGGAACAUUCACAUCAAGCACAUUGCCUAAAAGCAUCCCUUCCAAUGUUAUUUGAAAAUGCCAAUCAAUAUUUUGUUUAAUAAUCAUGUUGCAAAAAAAGGCAUUGAUAGGUUAGAGUCACCAAAAGCAUGUUGCAAUGCAUGUAUUGAAGAUUUCUAAGUGUGACACAACAUAAUAGUAUAGAGCAUAAAGUACUUUUAUAAAGCUAUAAAACUGUAAUUCUUUUUAAAAUGUAGUCCUAGAAAUAUUCAUAGUGACUGAUAGAAAUUGCGUUUGAACGUGAUAUUCCACAUAUAGGUUUCAUAAAAUCUUGUUUGACGAUUCUUACAGUGAUUGAGCCUCAGGCUCCAAAUUCAAUAAACAUCUUAUUGAAAAUUCCAGUA